UAAUCCAAAUCUUUCUGGUUGUUAUCUUUAUCUUCUUAGGGCCUCACAAGAAAUAGGAUUAUAGAAUAAUCGGGGCAUGGAUGAUUAUAAUCCUUUACAGAGGAUGAAACUCAAGCCCAAGAUGGAUUGCAACAAAGGGGUGACAGGCACCAUCUAUGAGUAUGGAGCCCUCACCCUUGAUGGCGAGUACAUCCAGUUCAAGCAAUAUGCAGGCAAGCACGUCCUCUUUGUCAAUGUGGCCACCUAUUGAGGCUUGACAGUUCAGUAUCGUGAAUUGAAUGCACUACAGGAGGAGCUGAGGAAUUUUGGUGUCAUUGUGUUGGGCUUUCCCUGCAAUCAGUUUGGAAAACAAGAACCAGGAAAGAACUCAGAGAUCCUUUCUGGGCUCAAGUAUGUGCGUCCAGGUGGAGGCUUUGUCCCCAAUUUCCUGCUCUUUGAAAAAGGGGAUGUGAAUGGAGAAAAUGAACAGAAAGUCUUUACUUUCCUUAAGAACUCCUGCCCUCCAACCUCUGAUCUUUUGGGCUCAUCAAGCCAACUCUUCUGGGAGCCCAUGAAGGUCCAUGACAUCCGCUGGAACUUUGAGAAGUUCUUGGUGGGGCCCAGUGGAGUCCCUGUCAUGCGCUGGUUCCACCAGGCUCCCGUCAGCACAGUCAAAUCAGACAUCCUAGAGUACUUAAAGCACACUAAUACCCAGUAGGAAGGGCUAGUGCCUGGGAGAAAUCACCACCCUGCUUAUCAUCUGAAGGACACGUUUAACAAAGGAUCCAUCUUUGCUCACCCUUCUUCCUACCCAACCUCCAUGUGGCCAAACCAUCCAGUACUACCCAAGCAGCUGCUUGUGCAUGUGUGUGUAGCUGUGUGUGUGUGUGAGAAUGGAUAUGUGGGAGUGUACUUGUGUGUGUAUGCAUGUGUG